GCCAGAAUCACACAGUCAUGGCAGUGAUUCAGUGGAACAACUUUUCAAGAGGAUAUGCACAGUCAAAGUGAAAGUAGUGACAGAGACAGAAUGAAUCUCCACCAACUUCUGUUCUUUUGCUUCUUACCAGGAGCAAUGUGUUCGCGUCCCAUCUUCACAAAAACUGAAGGCGAAAGUCUGUCUUUUGGCUGCUCGUUUAAUGCCUCCAGAGGAAGCAGGUUCUUCACAAAGAAGGAGUUCAGUGAACAAAGAGUCCUCAUCAAAACCAGUGACACCACAGACUCGAAUGGCAGAUACCACAUCGGUUAUAACACGGGCAUCUUUUAUGUGAGUAUUUCACAGCUCAGCAAGUCUGACUCAGGACACUACUGCUGCGGUUUGGGAAACUCCUCCUCUCCAGAGUUAUUGCGGGAGUUUGAGCUCAGAGUCACAGAAGCAAUGUGUGAGGUAAACUCUACUCACAUCGACCCAGGAGUCACUGUUUGUGGUGAAACUGAAGGGGGAAGCAUAAGAAUUACUUGCUCUUUACCUUCAGCUGAACUCUUCAGCUUGUUCUUAUGUAAGGACGGAUGUAAAAAACAAGACGUUCUCGUUGAAACCAGUGGAGCUCAAGCUCAGAGAGACAGAUACAGGAUCAAAUAUGUGAAGAAUGGAGUGUUUCAUGUGACGAUCGCCAACCUGACCAAGGCAGACUCAGCACUGUACAGCUGUGGCGUCAACUUGCUUUCUGCACCAAACCCCUGCCAAUCAGUUCACAUCAAAGUUACAGAUGCUCCAGCGACAUCACAACCAGACUUAACUUCUCAGCCUUGUACACCUGCCUCAUUUUUCCCAGCGAUCACCACGCUGCCUCCACAUACAGGUGCAGUCAUUGGCUUACCUUCUAUCCCUGACAAGGAGCAACAAACAGAGGAAUCCACAUCUAAUGGUUACAUUAUUUCACUGGCCUUGUCUCUGACUGCGCUUGCUGUGCUGAUGGUUUUAUUUCUAGUUUACAUCUACAAAAACAGGAUAACCAGAAACAGUUCAAACACUGCAGAACCCGUCGCAAGCGAAUAUAUAGAGUGUUCCACACAUUGAAUCGUUGUCUCUGGUUCCAUCUCCCAACUCACAUCACAUGGCAACUCUCUGCAUGCAGUAUUUCCAACAAAUGAGUCUGUGCAAAGUUCAUUGAAACAGGGCCUGAGUGGAACGGGUGUAUAGUACUUUCAGAUGUAAAUAUCACUGCCACAAAGUGGCGGACCAGGUUUAUGUGUGUCACAAACAAAACAAAAAAAUAGCAAAUGUUUUCAAAAUGUUAAAAUAUGACUAGUGUAUUGAUCGAGCUAGCUCGUCCUGCUAAAACCAUCAACGAUGCUGGGUUCACUUGAUGUUUAAUUGUAGGAACCAAAGUUAUGGAUGGUUCUUCCUUGAGUGAAAGAAGAUGAAUGCAUUGGUUGCAGCACUGUCUUGUCUUGUAGUCAAAUUAUGUUCAGUUCUUAAUUUCACACAUUCACAUUAACGUAUUACUUGACGACUUCACACUCCACUGAAGUGUGGAGUGUAAAUAAUAGGGUAGUAUGGUUGUAGUAAAUGGUUUAAGAA